UGUCGCCUGGGAUUGAAGGCCAUUGAUUUGUAUGUAUUUGUCCCAGCGCCGGAGGCUGCCCCAGCCGCCCGCGCGGGUGCCGCCGCCGCCCCCGCCGCCGCCGCCAGUGGAGUUGCCUCCCUGCUUCCCUAGGGUGGUUAGACUCCACCAAAUAUGUCGGCUCCUGUCGGGCCGCGGGGCCGCCCGGCUCCCACCCCGGCGGCCUCUCAGCCGCCUCUGCAGCCCGAGAUGCCCGACCUCAGCCACCUCACGGAGGAGGAGAGGAAAAUCAUCCUGGCCGUCAUGGAUCGGCAGAAGAAAGAAGAGGAGAAGGAGCAGUCGGUGCUCAAGGUUAAAGAAGAGCACAAACCACAACUGACACAGUGGUUUCCCUUUAGUGGGAUCACUGAACUGGUAAAUAACAUUCUCCAGCCCCAGCAAAAACAACAAAAUGAAAAGGAGCCCCAGACAAAACUUCAUCAGCAGUUUGAAAUGUAUAAGGAGCAGGUAAAGAAGAUGGGAGAAGAAUCACAGCAGCAGCAAGAACAGAAAGGUGAUGCUCCAACCUGUGGUAUCUGCCACAAAACAAAGUUUGCUGAUGGAUGUGGCCAUAACUGUUCAUAUUGCCAAACAAAGUUCUGUGCUCGUUGUGGAGGUCGAGUGUCAUUACGCUCAAACAAGGUUAUGUGGGUAUGUAAUUUGUGCCGAAAACAACAAGAAAUCCUCACUAAAUCAGGAGCAUGGUUUUAUAAUAGUGGAUCUAAUACACCACAGCAACCUGAUCAAAAGGUUCUCCGAGGACUGCGGAAUGAGGAGGCGCCUCAGGAGAAGAAAGCAAAACUGCAUGAGCAGGUCCAGUUCCAAGGACCCUCAGGUGACUUAUCUGUACCUGCAGUGGAGAAAAGUCGAUCUCAUGGGCUCACAAGACAGGAUUCUAUUAAAAAUGGGUCAGGAGUGAAGCACCAAAUUGCCAGUGACGUAGCUUCAGACAGGAAAAGAAGUCCAUCAGUGUCCAGAGAUCAGAAUAGAAGAUACGACCAAAGGGAAGAAAGAGAAGAAUAUUCACAGUAUGCUACUUCGGACAACGCAAUGCCUAGAUCUCCAUCAGAUUAUGCUGAUAGGAGGUCUCAACGUGAACCUCAGUUUUAUGAAGAGUCUGAUCAUAUAAAUUAUAGGGACUCCAACAGGAGAAGUCAUAGACAUUCCAAAGAAUAUAUUGUAGAUGAUGAGGAUGCGGAGAGCAGAGAUGAAUAUGAAAGACAAAGGAGAGAGGAGGAAUACCAGGCACGCUAUCGAAGUGAUCCGAAUUUGGCCCGUUAUCCAGUAAAGCCACAGCCCUAUGAAGAACAAAUGCGUAUCCAUGCUGAAGUGUCACGAGCCAGGCAUGAGAGAAGGCACAGUGAUGUUUCUUUAGCAAAUUCUGAACUGGAAGACUCCAGGAUUUCUAUGCUAAGGAUGGAACGACCAUCAAGGCAAAGAUCUGUAUCUGAACGUAGAGCUGCCAUGGAAAAUCAGCGAUCUUAUUCAAUGGAAAGAACUCGAGAGGCUCAGGGACCAAGUUCUUAUCCACAAAGGACCACAAACCAUAGUCCUCCUACCCCCCGGAGGAGUCCAAUACCCAUUGAUAGACCAGACAUGAGACGUACUGACUCGCUAAGGAAACAACAGCACUUAGAUCCUAGCUCUGCUGUAAGGAAAACAAAACGUGAAAAAAUGGAAACAAUGUUAAGGAACGAUUCUCUCAGUUCUGACCAGUCAGAGUCAGUGAGACCUCCACCACCAAAGCCUCAUAAAUCAAAGAAAGGAGGUAAAAUGCGCCAGGUUUCAUUGAGCAGUUCAGAGGAGGAAUUAGCUUCUACACCUGAAUAUACAAGUUGCGAUGAUGUUGAGAUUGAAAGUGAGAGUGUAAGUGAAAAAGGGGACAGUCAAAAGGGAAAAAGAAAAACUAGUGAGCAGGCAGUUUUGUCGGACUCUAACACCAGGUCUGAGAGACAAAAGAAAAUGAUGUACUUUGGUGGCCACUCUUUGGAAGAGGAUUUGGAAUGGUCUGAGCCUCAGAUUAAGGACUCUGGGGUAGAUACGUGUAGUAGCACAACCCUUAACGAGGAGCAUAGCCAUAGUGAUAAGCACCCUGUGACGUGGCAGCCAUCUAAAGACGGAGAUCGUUUAAUUGGUCGCAUUUUAUUAAAUAAGCGUUUAAAAGAUGGAAGUGUACCUCGAGAUUCAGGAGCAAUGCUUGGCUUGAAGGUUGUAGGAGGAAAGAUGACUGAAUCAGGUCGGCUCUGUGCAUUUAUUACCAAAGUUAAAAAAGGAAGUUUAGCUGAUACUGUAGGACAUCUUAGACCAGGUGAUGAAGUAUUAGAAUGGAAUGGAAGACUAUUGCAAGGAGCCACAUUUGAAGAAGUAUAUAACAUCAUCCUGGAAUCCAAACCUGAACCACAAGUGGAGCUUGUUGUUUCAAGGCCUAUUGGAGAUAUACCUAGAAUACCUGAUAGCACACACGCACAACUGGAGUCCAGUUCUAGCUCAUUUGAAUCUCAAAAAAUGGAUCGUCCUUCUAUUUCCGUUACGUCUCCCAUGAGUCCUGGCAUGUUGAGGGAUGUUCCACAGUUCUUAUCUGGACAACUUUCAAGCCAAAGCCUUAGUAGAAGAACAACGCCUUUUGUUCCUAGGGUUCAGAUAAAACUAUGGUUUGACAAGGUUGGUCACCAAUUAAUAGUUACAAUUUUGGGAGCAAAGGAUCUCCCUUCCAGGGAAGAUGGGAGGCCAAGGAAUCCUUAUGUUAAAAUUUACUUUCUUCCAGACAGAAGUGAUAAAAACAAAAGAAGAACUAAAACAGUAAAGAAAACAUUGGAACCCAAAUGGAACCAAACAUUCAUUUAUUCUCCAGUCCACCGAAGAGAAUUUCGGGAACGAAUGCUGGAGAUUACCCUUUGGGAUCAAGCUCGAGUUCGAGAGGAAGAAAGUGAAUUCUUAGGAGAGAUUUUAAUUGAAUUAGAAACAGCCUUAUUAGAUGAUGAACCACAUUGGUACAAACUUCAGACCCACGAUGUUUCUUCAUUGCCACUUCCCCACCCUUCUCCAUAUAUGCCACGACGACAACUGCAUGGAGAGAGCCCAACACGGAGGUUGCAAAGGUCAAAGAGAAUAAGUGAUAGUGAAGUCUCUGACUAUGACUGCGAUGAUGGAAUUGGUGUAGUAUCAGAUUAUCGACACAAUGGUCGAGAUCUUCAAAGCUCAACAUUGUCAGUGCCAGAACAAGUAAUGUCAUCAAACUAUUGCUCACCAUCAGGGUCUCCUCACCGAGUAGAUGUUAUAGGAAGGACUAGAUCUUGGUCACCCAGUGUCCCUCCUCCACAGAGUCGGAAUGUGGAACAGGGACUUCGAGGGACACGCUCUACUACGGGACAUUAUAAUACAAUUAGCCGAAUGGAUAGACAUCGUGUCAUGGAUGACCGUUAUUCUCCAGAUAGAGACAGUCAUUUUCUUACUCUACCUCGCUCCAGAUACAGUCAGACCAUUGAACAUCAUCACAGGGAUGGCAGGGAUUGUGAAGCAGCAGAUAGACAGCCAUAUCACAGAUCCAGAUCAACAGAACAACGGCCUCUCCUAGAGCGGACAACCACCCGCUCCCGAUCCACUGAACGUCCUGAUACAAACCUCAUGAGGUCGAUGCCUUCAUUAAUGACUGGAAGAUCUGCCCCUCCUUCACCUGCCUUAUCGAGGUCUCACCCUCGUACUGGGUCUGUCCAAACAAGCCCAUCAAGUACUCCAGUGGCAGGACGAAGGGGCCGUCAACUCCCACAACUUCCACCAAAGGGAACGUUGGAGAGAAAAGAAGUGGACUCCACAAGGAGAAGACAUGCAGGUGCUAUGGAUAUAGAGGAGAGAAAUCGCCAAAUGAAAAUUAACAAAUACAAACAGGUAGCCGGAUCAGAUCCCAGACUGGAACAAGAUUACCAAUCAAAGUAUCGAUCAGGAUGGGAUCCUCAUAGAGGGGCAGAUAAUAUUUCCACUAAAUCUUCGGACAGUGAUGUAAGUGAUAUAUCAGCGGUUUCAAGGACUAGUAGUGCUUCUCGUUUCAGCAGCACAAGCUACAUGUCUGUCCAAUCAGAACGGCCAAGAGGAAAUAAGAAAAUCAGUGUCUUUACAUCCAAAAUGCAAAGCAGACAAAUGGACAUCUCAGGGAAGAACAUGACUAAAAGCACCAGCAUCAGCGGAGACAUGUGCUCGCUGGAGAAGAAUGAUGGCAGCCAGUCUGACACUGCAGUGGGCGCCUUGGGCACCAGCAGCAAAAAGCGGCGCUCUAGCAUUGGGGCCAAAAUGGUAGCUAUUGUUGGUCUCUCCCGGAAAAGCCGCAGUGCUUCUCAGCUCAGCCAAACGGAAGCCGGUGGUAAAAAGCUACGGAGCACUGUGCAGAGAAGUACAGAAACAGGCUUGGCUGUGGAAAUGAGGAACUGGAUGACUCGACAGGCAAGCCGAGAAUCUACAGAUGGCAGCAUGAACAGCUACAGCUCAGAAGGAAAUCUGAUUUUCCCUGGUGUCCGCUUGGCCUCUGAUAGCCAAUUCAGUGAUUUUCUGGAUGGCCUUGGCCCUGCCCAGCUAGUGGGGCGCCAGACUCUGGCCACACCUGCCAUGGGUGACAUUCAGGUAGGAAUGAUGGACAAAAAGGGACAGUUGGAGGUGGAAAUCAUUCGGGCCCGCGGCCUUGUUGUAAAACCAGGUUCCAAGACACUGCCAGCACCAUAUGUAAAGGUGUAUCUAUUAGAUAAUGGAGUCUGCAUAGCCAAAAAGAAAACAAAAGUGGCAAGAAAGACGCUGGAACCCCUCUACCAGCAGCUAUUAUCUUUUGAAGAAAGUCCCCAAGGAAAGGUUUUACAGAUCAUAGUCUGGGGAGACUAUGGCCGCAUGGAUCACAAAUCCUUUAUGGGAGUGGCCCAGAUACUUUUAGAUGAACUGGAGCUAUCCAAUAUGGUGAUUGGCUGGUUCAAACUUUUCCCCCCUUCCUCCCUAGUAGAUCCAACCUUGGCCCCUCUGACAAGAAGAGCUUCCCAAUCAUCUCUGGAAAGUUCAACUGGACCUUCUUACUCUCGUUCAUAGCAGCUGUAAAACUGUUGUCAUAGCAACC